CCUUGGGCGCGCAUUCGUGUUUCUUGCUUUUGGUGGCCGUCCCAGCACAGAUUGUCAUUACCGAUGGCUCAGAAGCCGCUGCGUCUCUUGGCUUGUGGAGAUGUUGAAGGAAAGUUUGAUGUUUUAUUCAAUAGAGUCCGGACAAUUCAGAAGAAAAGUGGGAACUUUGAUCUGCUGUUGUGUGUAGGAAAUUUUUUUGGCUCUACCCAAGACGCUGAGUGGGAAGAGUAUAAGACUGGCAACAAGAAAGCUCCUAUUCAGACAUAUGUGCUUGGUGCCAAUAACCAGGAAACAGUAAACUAUUUCCAGGAUGCUGAUGGCUGUGAAUUGGCUGAAAACAUCACUUACCUGGGUCGAAAAGGUGUCUUCACUGGAAGCUCGGGGCUGCAGAUUGUAUACCUCAGUGGGACAGAGUCCUUAGAUGAACCAGUCCCAGCUUACAGUUUUAGUCCCAAGGAUGUGUCUUCCCUGAGCACAAUGCUGUGUUCGGCGUCCCAGUUUAAGGGUGUUGAUAUCUUACUCACGUCCCCAUGGCCCAAGUAUGUGGGGAGCUUUGGGAACUCCUCUGGAGAAGUAGAUACCAAAAAAUGUGGCUCUGCUUUGAUCUCCAGCCUUGCUAUAAGCUUGAAACCGAGGUAUCAUUUUGCUGCUUUGGAAAAGUCAUAUUAUGAGAGACUUCCGUACCGGAACCAUGUUGUUCUACAAGAAAGUGCGCAGCAUGCCACUCGCUUCAUAGCGCUGGCGAAUGUUGGAAAUCCAGAAAAGAAGAAGUAUCUUUAUGCCUUCAGUAUUGUUCCCAUGAAGCUGAUGGCUGUAGCAGAACUGGUAAAGCAGCCUCCGGAUGUCACUGAGAACCCUUACCGAGAAUCGGGGAAACAGACAGCUGCAGGAAAACAGAUUCCUGCCCAUCAGGAAGAGUCAGCCUGUCAAUUCUUCUUCGAUUUGAAUGAGAAGCAGGGAAGGAAACGGUCAUCCACAGGCAGGGAUAACAAACCUCCUCACGCUAAGCAGCCUCGCAAGCUUCCUCAGCCUCCAGGACCUUGUUGGUUUUGCCUCGCCAGCCCUGAAGUGGAGAAGCAUCUGGUUGUCAACAUUGGCACACAUUGCUACCUUGCCCUGGCCAAAGGAGGCUUAUCUGAUGACCAUGUCCUCAUUCUGCCUAUUGGACACUACCAGUCAGUUGUGGAGCUUUCAGCAGAGGUGGUGGAAGAAGUGGAGAAGUAUAAGGCUACUCUGAAACGCUUCUUUAAGAGUCGAGGGAAGCGUUGUGUUCUAUUUGAAAGAAAUUAUAGGAGCCAUCACCUCCAGCUUCAGGUCAUUCCUGUGCCCCUCAGCUGCUGUGUUACAGAUGACAUUAAAGACGCCUUCAUUACCCAGGCACAGGAGCAGCAGAUAGAGCUGUUGGAAAUUCCAGAACACUCAGACAUCAAACAGAUUGCACAGCCGGGAGCAGCAUAUUUUUAUGUUGAGCUCGACACUGGAGAAAAGCUUUUUCACAGAAUUAAAAAGAAUUUUCCUUUGCAAUUUGGAAGGGAGGUCCUGGCCAGUGAAGCUAUUCUCAACAUUCCUGAGAAGGCUGACUGGAGGCAGUGUCAAACCAGUAAGGAGGAGGAGGAGGCCCUGGCCCGCCGCUUUCGGAAAGACUUUGAACCCUUUGAUUUCACUUUGGAUGACUAGCCAGAGGGAAGGGCACACUACAGUUCACAUUGAUGGCACAGGAGAUUGUUCCAGCCUGUUCUUAAAGUGAAACUACGGUCUCCCAUGGGUGCUGCCUCCCUGCCUCUUUUCAGUAUAUUCCCGUGGACCUGCCUGCACAGGAGGCCUCUGAUUGACCCUUUUUAAGGAAGUCAUUCUGAGAUGCAAUGAUAUGUUAAAAGAACAUCUGCUGGGUGUUUCUUAGAACAGCUCUGUUUCUCCACAUCCUCACAGACUUUUAAACCUUUCAGAUUGGGGAUGGUAGCUCAUGCCUCUAAUCUCAGAAACUGAGGAGUUAUGGCAGGAGGAUUGCUAUGAAUUCAAGACUAGUCUGGACCACACAGUGAGUUUCAGGGCAGUCUGGGCUAUGGCAUGAGACCCAUCUCAACUCCCCAUCCUUGCCCUUACCCUCCAAAAAUGUAAAAAAUAAUAUCCCCCAAAUCUUGUAAAUAAUAAAAAGGGAAUGCUUUUCUAAGGUUGA